AUUCAUAGAUAGUACAACCAUAACCACCAAAACAACAACAUGGCCACUCAAUUUGAUGCAGACAACGCCGACAACUUGGGCGAAAUAGAAAUGCAAUUUGCCGUCAAGGCAGUGCAACAAGCCGAAACAUACUGGUCCCUUUUGGAAAAGAUCCCAGGAUCUAAAUUAAAGUUGACCAAGUUCGAUGAUGACAUCUUCACCUGCUUGUUAGAAGCCUUCCCUGAAUUCAAAGAGCCUGCUAACGUUGCUCAGAUUUCUGAAGAAGACAUGAAGAGUGCUGCCGGUAAGACUAAAUGGAGAGAAUUCUGUGAACAAUUCAAGGAUAUUGAAGACUACAACUUUGGUACCUUGUUAAGACUCAAGGCUAGCGAAGAGUAUACUCAAGAAGGUACUAUUUUCGCAGUCAGAAUUCAAUUCUAUGCUAUUGAAAUCGCCAGAAAUAGAUACGGUUUGAACGACUGGGCUUGUAAGAAGUAAGACUUUGUAUAGUUAAUCUGUAAUAUACACUUGAAAUUGGGCAAA